UGGAGGAGGCAGCCUGUACGGGGGCGGGGACGCUCCGCGCCCACCGUGCGCACUUGCGUCUCUCCGUCACGGAUUCUCUGUUUUGGGCCCUACAACCAUGGCGGUGCUGUCGGUCCUUGUGCGCGGCGCCUGCGGGCGCAGCCUCCUGCUUCGAAGGCGGAUGCAGGAAAUAAGAUAUGUGGAGCGAAGUUAUGUAUCAAAACCCACUUUGAAUGAAGUGGUCAUAGUAAGUGCUACAAGGACGCCCAUUGGAUCCUUUCUAGGCAGCCUUUCCUCUCUGCCAGCCACUAAGCUGGGUUCCAUUGCUAUUCAGGGAGCCAUUGAAAAGGCAGGGAUUCCAAAAGAAGAAGUGAAAGAAGUGUACAUGGGCAAUGUUCUGCAGGGAGGAGAAGGACAAGCCCCUACAAGGCAAGCGGUACUGGGUGCAGGCUUACCUAUUUCUACUCCGUGCACCACGAUAAACAAAGUUUGUGCCUCAGGAAUGAAAGCCAUCAUGAUGGCCUCUCAGAAUCUUAUGUGUGGACAUCAGGAUGUAAUGGUGGCAGGUGGAAUGGAGAGCAUGUCCAACGUCCCCUAUGUGAUGGACAGAGGAACAACACCCUACGGUGGGGUAAAGCUUGAAGAUUUGAUUGUAAAAGAUGGGCUCACUGAUGUCUACAAUAAAAUUCAUAUGGGUAACUGUGCUGAAAAUACUGCAAAGAAGCUGAAUAUUCCACGUGAUGAACAAGACACCUACGCUAUUAACUCCUACACCAGAAGUAAAGCAGCAUGGGAAGCCGGAAAAUUUCGAAGUGAAGUUAUUCCCGUCACAAUUUCAGUAAAAGGUAAACCAGAUACAGUGGUCAAAGAAGAUGAAGAAUAUAAACGUGUUGAUUUUAAUAAAGUUCCAAAGCUGAAGACGGUUUUCCAAAAAGAAAACGGUACAGUAACAGCUGCCAAUGCCAGCACAUUGAAUGAUGGAGCAGCUGCUGUGGUUCUUAUGACUGCAGAUGCAGCCAAGAGGCUCAAUGUUAAACCACUAGCAAGAAUAGCAGCAUUUGCUGAUGCUGCUGUAGAUCCUAUUGAUUUUCCAAUUGCACCUGCAUAUGCUGUACCUAAGGUUCUAAAAGAUGCAGGAUUGAAAAAAGAAGAUGUUACAAUGUGGGAAGUAAAUGAAGCCUUUAGUGUGGUUGUUUUAGCAAACAUUAAAAUGCUAGAGAUUGAUCCCCAAAAAGUGAAUAUCAAUGGAGGAGCUGUUUCUCUUGGACAUCCAAUUGGGAUGUCUGGAGCCAGGAUUGUCGUUCACUUGGCUCAUGCCUUGAAGCAAGGAGAAUAUGGUCUUGCCAGUAUUUGCAACGGAGGAGGAGGGGCUUCUGCCAUGCUGAUCCAGAAGCUGUAGACAACUUCUUUUGUCUAAGGUGACAGCCCUGUGUAGCUAGAAAUGCCUGCUAUGAUCCAGGUGACUGAUUACCCUGAAUCGGCUUGUAUUAAAAUGAUGUUUCAUUGAUUUAACUCUUUGUAAAAAAUAAUAUAAAAAAAUCAAAUCCCCAAACAUUUUGAGAUUACAAAUGUAUUUUUCUUCUGCUUUAAGUUUUUUGUCAUCUUUAAUACUUUUUGUUAUAAAGCUAUAGAUAACUGUUUGAAAUACCA